UUUUAAUAAUCUCUUUUGCUCGGGAUUGACAAGAGCGAGAGGACUAAAACAAUCCAGGAGCGAUCGAGCUGGAUACGAGACGAAACGACGAGAGUAUCGUGUUGAUCUGAGACCAGAGGAGGAGCCCCUUCUUGUUUUCCAAUUGGACUGCGAUGAGCGACCACGCGCGAUCAGCCGACAAUCAUCACCACGGUGCCGGUUCCGGUUCCGGUUCCGCACUCGCCGCGCCAUCGACGACCUCGACGGACAACGACGACAACGGCGCACACCGCCCGCGCCUCGGAUCGUACGCUCAUGCGCUGCGGGCCAAGGACAGCGAGCACCAUCAUGGCGGCGGCGGCGCGGCAAAGGCAGGCGUGCACUUUGAGCUGAAUGAUUUGCCGAUGAUGCCCAGCGAGCACGACGACACUGGCCGCAAGAGCCUCCUGCGCGCCAGCGACGGCAGCGCGCUGUCCUCGUCAUCUACCACUGCUGCUGCUGCUGGCUCCAAUAAUGGCGCUGCUGCUGCUGCUGCUGCUGGCGGCACAAUGUCGAGCGCCCUGCUGGCCAUUGCCGAGGCGCGACUCGACCCGACACGCGUUUCGCACACGGAUCCCAAGCGCGCGCUCUUCCCGCAGGACUUUAAGCAGGUCUACCAUCCGCUGAGAGAGCAGUCGGACGACUCGCUGCUGUCCAACACCAGCUCUCCGUCUGCGAAUGGCGCGGGCGUGAUUGUCGACCUCAACGACCCCAACUUUGACAUGUGUUCGUACUAUGUCGACUUUGUCGAGCGCUUCUUCCCAGGCCGCAUGCUGGGCGCCUUUGUCGAGUUUCGCGACAUUAGCUUCAAGACCAUGAUUGACGCCAAGCAAACAGUCAGCACCGUCUGGUCGGACAUGCUCCAAACCCUGCGCAUCCGAGACCGCCCUUCGCAAGUCGAAUUUACCGUGCUCGACGGAAUUUCCGGCUACAUGGAGCCUGGCGACAUGGUGGCGAUUCUCGGCGGCCCGUCCUGUGGCAAGACGAGCCUCAUCAAGGCCAUCGCCAACCGACUGGCCACCGACCGCAACGGCACCCUGCUGAUCAACGGCUCACCAAUCCCAGAAAACUUCAACCGUGUUUGUGGCUACGUUGCGCAGAGCGACAUCCACACCCCGACGCUGACCGUCCGCGAAACCUUUGAGUUUGCCGCCGAGCUGCAGUUGCCUCGCGAGAUGACGAUGGAGCAGCGAAACUCGCACAUUGAUGUCAUCCUCAAGCUGCUCGGCCUCGAGCAUGCUGCCAACACGCUCGUCGGCAACGCGCUCAUCCGCGGCAUCUCUGGCGGUGAAAAGAAGCGCGUCACCAUUGGCGUUGAAAUGCUCAAGACGCCCAACAUGCUUCUGCUCGAUGAACCGACCACGGGUCUCGAUUCCGCCGCCGCCUUCAAUGUGCUCUCCCACGUCCGCUCCAUUGCUGAUGUUGGCUUCCCUUGCAUGGCUGCGCUUCUGCAGCCGUCCAAGGAGCUGUACGAGCUCUUCAACCAGGUGUGCAUCCUGUCCCAAGGCCAGAUUACGUACUUUGGCCCUCGCGGCCGUGUGCUCGACUACUUUGCUGGGCUGGGCCUCGAGUGCCCCGAGGACAUGAAUCCGGCAGAGUUCCUCGCCCAGUGCUGCGACCACCCGGAAAAGUUUGUGCCUCCAGAGGUGAGCAUCAACCUUUCCGUGGACUUUUUCGUCACCAAGUUCAGGGAGAGCGACAUUUACGCCUCGCUCGGUCGUCGUCUGUGGAAGGGUGUUGCCCCACGCGACUGCCCGCCCGCUGCCAGCAUUGACACGUUCGGCAAGUAUCCGCUGCAGCUGUGGAGCCAGUUCAAGCUGACCUUGAGCCGUGCCCUGAAGAUGCAAUUCCGCGACCCCACCUCCUUCCAAGCUCGUUUGGGCCGUGGUAUCAUCACGGCCGUCCUGUUUGCCACCGUCUUCUUGCAGCUGAGCGACAACCAGCGUGACUCGCGCAACAAGCUUGGUGUCAUUACGACCGUUGUUGGUCACAUGGGUUUCCUUGGUGGCACGGCAAUUCCCCAGUUGUUGGCUGAGCGUGACGUCUACCUGAGUCAGCGAAAGUCAAAGUACUUUCAACCUUUUGCCUAUUUCCUGGCUGUGAAUCUGGCCGAUCUUCCGCUCUUGUUUGCGGAAGUGACCCUGUUCGUCGUGUUGAUUUAUUUCCUUGUUGGCCUGAAUGCGACCGCCGCGGCUUUCUUCUACUUUUUCUUUAUGUGUACCGGCAGCGCGUUGUGGUCGACCACCUAUGCCCGUGCCCUCUCCGCCUUGAUUCCCUCGAUCAACCUCGCCAACGCCAUCAUCCCGUCGUCAGUCGUCUUGUACUUUAUCUUUAACGGUUUCUUGCUCCCGCCAUCGGCGAUUCGGAACUUUUGGAUUUGGAUGUACUGGAUUUCUCCCAUGCACUACUCGUACGAAGGCCUUGCGAUGAAUGAAUUUAUGGGACGCACCCUGGAGUGCGACGCGGACGAGCUGAUUCCGCCGGCGAACAAUCCCCUGUUCAACCUGCCAUUCUCGGCUGGUGGGUUUAACGGCACCCAGGUCUGCCCGCUUCCGACAGGCGACGCUUACCUGGGCACCCUCGGUGCGCAACUCGGUGACACGUGGUACCAUUGGGACAUUAUCAUCAUUUAUGUCUACUGGCUUGUUUGGCUCUUCAUUUCCUUCUUUUGCAUCAAGUACUCGCGCGAGUUCAGCACACACAACCCGCACUUUGAGGAUGCCGAGUCUCUCACUCGGCGCCGCGCGCUGCUUGCCCGCAAGAUGCUCGAGCGUCGCGAGACAGACGCCGUCUUUGCGCAAAACCUCCUCGAUCAAACGCAACAACUGAUGGACGAGGGCCGCACCGCCUCCACCGCUGCGGCCACCGCGAACUCUGCCGUCGUCGCUCGCCUGCAGCCCAACCAAAAGGCGUUUAUGGAGUUUAGCGACCUCAAGUACGACGUCCAGGCCAAGGAUGAGAACAACAAGGUCUUCACCAAGACCCUGCUGCAGGACAUUAACGGCUAUGUCAAGCCCGGUACCUUGGUGGCUCUGAUGGGUCCUUCUGGCGCUGGUAAGACGACGCUUUUGGACGUCUUGGCCGAUCGCAAGACUAGCGGUCAAACCACCGGCUCGAUCAAGAUCAACGGCGGUCCGCGCAACGUGUUCUUCAAGCGCAUCUCUGGCUACUGCGAGCAGCAGGAUAUUCACUUUGCGCUUCACACGGUGAAGGAGGCCAUCACGUUUGCCGCCAUGUGCCGCCUGCCCGAGUCCAUUUCCAUCGAAGAAAAGCAAGCCCGCGUGGAAAAGGUCAUGUACGAGCUGGACAUGGAGGACAUUGCCAACGAUCUGAUUGGUACCAUCAGCUCGGGCGGCCUUUCACCCGAGCAGCGCAAGCGGCUGACCAUCGCCGUCGAGCUGAUUGCCGAUCCGCCACUGCUCUUCUUGGACGAGCCGACAUCCGGCUUGGACGCGUUCGGUGCUGCCCUGGUCAUGUCGAAAAUCCGGCAGAUUGCCCAAACCGGCCGUGCCGUCAUCUGCACCAUCCACCAGCCUUCGGCGGAAAUCUUUGGCAUGUUUGACCACCUGCUUUUGCUCAAAAAGGGCGGUCAUCAAGUGUUUUUCGGCCCCGUCGGCGAACGCUCGGCGCUCUUGCUCGCGUACGUCAAGGCCAAGUUCGGAAUCGAGUUCCAGCACGACCGCAACGUGGCCGACUGGGUGCUGGACACUGUCUGCGAGACCAAAGAGGUGGACUGUGCUGCGCAGUGGCGCGAGUCGAGCGAAUGCCGCAAGGUCAAAGACGCCCUCGCCAGUGGUGUCUGCACCCCGGACGUCAAGCCACCGCACUUUGAGGACGCCAUGUUUGCGACCGGUUUCCGCACGCAGCUGGCCCAAGUGAUGACUCGCACGUGGCUCAUGUCGUGGCGCAAUCCCACGCUUUUCAAGACCCGACUCGUGACCUACCUUUUCAUGUCGCUUGUGCUUGGUUCGUUGUUCUGGCAGCUCGAGUACAAUGAAGUUGGUGCCACGGGUCGCAUUGGUAUGAUCUUCUUUGGUUUGGUCUUCAUGGCUUUCAUUUCUCAGUCCUCCAUGGGUGACAUUUUGGAGCUGCGAGCUGUGUUUUAUCGCGAGAAAGCGAGUGGCACGUACCGUGCGUCAGCCAUGUCGAUUAGCUUGCUGCUUUGCGAGUACCCGUUCCAUGUCGUCUACCUGGUUUGCUUUGUCGUUCCGUUCUACUGGAUGACUAAUUUGAGCACGGAGGCGGGCAGCUUCUUCUUCUUCCUCCUGAUCUUCUUUGUCACGUAUCUGUGCGCCAAUACCUUUGCCCAAACGGUUGCCGUGUACUCUGCCAACCAGGCAGUGGCCAACGUUAUUGCCCCGACCUUCUCGACGUUCUUUUUCCUGCUGGCUGGCUUUUUGAUUCCCAUCGAGUCCAUGUCUUGGAUUUGGCGCUGGUUUGCCUACUGCAACUACAUGGUGUACGCUGUCGAAUCCCUGGCCUUGAACGAGUUCCAGGGCAAGGCGUUCGUCUGCGACCGCUCGGAUGCCAUUCCGAUCUACAAUCCGUACAACUACACCGAAGUGAACUACUUUUGCAGAAUGAACGAUGGUCAAGAUAUCUUGAAUGCGUUCGAUUUGAAGGAUCGCAAAUGGGGCGACUUUGGCAUCCUGCUUGGCUACUAUGCUGGUCUUUCCCUCCUUGUCAUCCUUGGCAUGCGCUUCUACUCUGCGUUGAAGCGCUAAGCAAGCAGCUUUGGUUGUUUGUUUGUGUGUGUGUUGUGUUUUUUUUUUGUGUGUGUUUUUUUGUGUAGUUUUCAGUGUCACAUUCAGUAAUUCAGUCUCUUCUUCUUCUUCC